AUGCAUCGCUCUACUGAGGCCGUGGUUAUGCAGACCCUCUCUGCCCUCUCUAUUCUGGCCAGUGUACCACCCCUAGCUUUGCAUUGGAAGAACAGGAACUUCCCGGCUGCCUCCCUCGUGGGAUGGUAUAUUCUCCUCAACCUUUUCAACAUCAUAAAUGCUUUCAUUUGGCCCACGGAUGAUGUUGACAACUGGUGGGAUGGUGUUGGCCUUUGUGAUAUUCAAGUGAAGCUCCUGGUGGCUUCAUACGUUGCUGUUCCUGGGUGUCUGGUUUGCAUCUUCCGGAGUCUCGCCUCUGUGCUGGACACCAGCAGAACGACUCUUGUCCCGAACAAACACCAGCGCUGGAGAAACCGUGCCAUGGAAACCAUGUUCUGCGUGAUCAUUCCUAUCGUUGCUGCGCUCCUGCAUCUAGUAUACCAAGGCAACCGAUACUUUAUCUUUGCGAUAUCUGGCUGUGUCAGUGGCCUCGACGAAAGCUGGGUCAGCCUCGCACUGGGUUACAUCUGGCCGUUUCUCAUUUGCCUUAUUGCAAGUUAUUACUGUGGUCUUGUGCUAUUGCGUCUCAGGCGGUAUCGAAACCAGUUCAAUGAAAUAAUCCGCGCAGCGCAUUCCGGGCUGAGCAAGUCGAGGUUCUUACGACUAUUCUUCCUCUCCUUCAUCAUGGUUUUAGCCAUCACCCCGGUCCAGGCUUACGUGGUUUACGUGCAAAUAGAGGCAUCAUUGCCGUGGCAUGCUUUCUCGUUCUCCAACCUCCACGGCGAUGGUCACCUGUGGAGUCAGAUAACUAAGGUUCCAACCCAGGGCAAGGUGUUCUACGACCGUUGGACUCCAAUUGCGGCGGGGUUCAUGACAUUUAUCUUCUUCGGAUGUGGAAAGGAUGCAUCCCGGCUUUACCGCGCGGUCCUCCGACCCUUCGGCCUGGAUCGCUGCUUCAACCCUAUACAGACUUCUUCGACCGGAAGCUUUCCGCGAGAGGCUUCAGGAUCUACCGGCAGCCGAGCCCAGCUAAUUUCCGGGAACAAGAAUAAAAAGGCUCGGUGA